UUCCUUCUUUCACGCUCCAUAAUUUUCGUUUACCUUUCAGUUUUUUUUUUAUUUCUAAAUUCCAGUUACUGUUCACUUUGAAGUUGUGCGACAUAAUCUAAUUUUUUUAAAAAUAGUGCCAACUGGAUAGCUGCAAUAGUCAAUAAUGGAUGAAUGGCUGGUAAUGGGCUUCUGCUUGCUGAUUGGCUCACUUAACUGACAGAAGGAGAAUGCCACUCUGGCGGUACCAUUCUUCCCCCUUUUACACGGCCGUCGUAUGUCUGAUUGAUAUUCCAUCUCGAACACAAAAUGCCGUUACUUGUAGACAUCGGAACUCGAUUAGUGUGCAACGCUCUAGACACAAUUCUUAAGUUAUUUCCUUUCUAGUUCCAUGUGUAAUUGAUUUGGCAGCACGUCAGACUUCACUUCGGUUUCAACGGGUGAAGGGAGGGGGGAUGUGUAAGUUAUCGGGUAAACGUAAUUUAUUUAUUUAUUUAUUUUUUUUGUUCUAUGUAUAGCCGCAUUGUUUUGUGGUAGACUUUCCGGCCGGCUGGGUAUAGACAUUAAUUAAAUCCAUAUCUUUUUCCUUCAGAGACGGGUGAAAUUCAUCGCCAAAGGGGAAAAUGCAAUGAGAAGAUCACGCGGGCCUCGCCGUUUCUUUUGUCUGUCCGUCAGCUGACGUUGUUGUUAUUGUCGUCGUGAAUGUGAAUAGGCCGAUUGGGACAGAGUAUGCGCAUACGAGUCAUCGUCGUGAGUUUCUAAUCAGGGUGAGUCUGUGCAGUGGGUAGAAGAGGGUGGGGGAUGCUCCCUCUUUUUCCCGUGGUUUAUUGAUCCACGGCGUCGAAAGCCGUCUGCUUUUCUUUUUACGAGUUUUACUGUCGACGUUUCUUUUCGACUUCCUUUCCUCGAGUUCUUCCUUUUCUUGUCCCGUCUCCUUUGUUGCCAACUUUGGCGAUGGCGAAUGCAUUUGGGCCAGGCCGUUCGUGAGCCAGAAAGUACAGCGCCACCGCUGCCAUUUUAUCCCUCCCCCCUUAUUUUUUUCUUUGUACCGUGUCGAUAUUUUUUUUUCCUUCAUUUUACUCCUCGGUCUUACAGACAGGCGUCUCUACCAUCGGUAUCGAGCGCAAAGACUAUGCUCUUUCUGCUGGCCUUCUUCGGUGUAGGAUUUUUUUUACUACACUCUCUCGGCUGGACGAGAAACGGGGCGGACGCAGGGUCAGUGCCGGGAGAGCGUCCGGCUAGUGUGUUUCUCUGUCGCUACUGUUCAAACAAAUUUCAUUUGUUGGAGUUUGCUAACAAUUUUAUUUCUCUGCUGGACGUUGUGUGUCUGUGACACUGUGUGUGUGUGUGGCGUGUAAAGGACAUACUGACAGGAGACGUUAUCCAAUCGAGAAAAUGUCAUCGAUGGAUUCGUCCAACGGUUGCGCUCACCAACACGAACCGGCUGAUCGGAAUGGAGUCGAUACAAACGAUGCGGACGGACACGACAAAAAGGCGACCGGCAUGCGUUUACUCAAAUGGACGCAACAACCGGACCAUUUGAAGUUCAAUCCGUACAUCCACGACGGCUACCGUCCUCUAGCCUCUCUGGCCGGCUGCAUCAAGAGUUUGGCUUAUUUUCACAACGAAACCGUCAACAUUCUGACUCACGGCCUUCCCGUUUUGUACAUAAUUCUCUGGUCCCCAACAUUGAUGCCCUACGACGAAAUUAAAGUCCCCAUUUUACCCUACAUCCAUCUGGUAGCCGUCCUCAGUCCGUGGGUUGGAUCGGCUAUUUAUCAUACGUUCAUGAACCAUCACCAUGGAUACAGUAUCUAUCGACGCCUUUUGCAAUUGGACAUGCUGGGCAUUUGGGUCACACAAAGUUUCGGAGCUCUGACGGGAGUUAUAGCGGCAACGUACUGCUUUCCAUCGUGCACCGGAAUCGUGAUAGUCGUGAUCUACUGCCUCUCAUGUCUUUGGGGCUUAUACAAAGCCGUCACGGCUGGAAGUAGCGGAAAUCCUUGGGAUCGGAGACUCUGUUUCUGCCUGCCGGUUCUCAUCCGCCUGACCUUAGUAAUCCUGCGAACGAUGAACUAUGCUUCCGGACACCCGAGUUCGAUUGCUCACGUUUGGCUUCAGGACGCCAUAUCGAUUUUGGGAGGAUUCAUCGGAGCCAUGCGAAUUCCCGAGCGAUGGUUUCCUGGACGAUUCGACUAUUUUUUUAAUUCGCAUCACAUCAUGCACGUGCUCGUUCUUGUCGCCGUCGUGCAGAUGCACUACGCCUCCAAAUUGGAUCUUAUUUGGCUGAGCCAUCCACAGUGCCCUGACAGUCCAUUGGAAACCCUAGUCGUCAUUUCCACGCCCGAUCCAGCGGAAUUGUAAAAGAAAAACGGAUUUUUUUUUUUUUUUUCAUUUCCGCAAAAAAUCCAUCGGGUAAUUCUGUGAAAACGUUCAGCCCGUCAUCUUCUUGUUACUAUUGCAGCAAAUAGUUACCUAUGCCAUUUGUUAUUACGUCCCUAUAUACCAACUCCGGCGGCCUGACGAUCUCUCUUUCAUCAAUAAUCUCCCCUCUCUCCACUGCUUUUAUAUAGAUGACAUCGUCCUUGUGUGGUGGUUCCUUUUCCCCCGUCUACAUUCGCACUAUAUGUGCACACAGCAUUUAGAAUUCAAGACGUAUCAUCACACACACACACACCAGAUCGUUUUCUGUUUCACUGUUGCAGCGUUUAUCCAUUCAUCGCUGACAUGUAAUGAAUUACUGAGCACAUAAAUGAUUUAGCCAUUA